CCGGCGGGGGAGGCAGGCAGUGCAAAGGAAAGGACAGAGGGGGAAUUUAGGCUGUGUCCCGUAUUUGGAAUAAGCAGGAGCAGAACACAGCUUUUCCUCUUUGACGUGAAACGAGCUCCUCACUGUGUAACCUUCAGGAAAAAAAAGAGGAGAAAGGACCCGCAAUUUUUGACGGCUAACUCCACUUUGAACUGCAGCCGUCGUUAUUUUUGAACUGUGAAGAAGAAACUAAAAGAGACAUUUCGUUUCUCCAGGACGAAGAAUGGGAUUUAAAGAACAUAUCUGCCAGCAGUGAGUUGUGAAAACAAGAGGGAUAUUUUUUUUCUCCCAGUUGGAUGAAAACGCACACUGUCGGUUGAGCUUCGCGCAUAUUACAUGUCAACUCCUGGGGGAGAGAGAGAAAAAAAAGGGGCAAUGAUGGCAUUCGGGAGCGGAGAAAAGUAACGUUAGCUUCCCGGCUAGCUAAAUAAGCUAACCUAGCAGGCUGCUAACUAAGCCUGUGUCGCCCUUCCAUUCCUGGAGCAGAGGAGGGGCGCUGGGGCUUUGUAGCAUUGCAGAUCUGCCUUUGCAUUUUUUGGGGGGGUUUUUUUUUUUUUUUUGCUGCUGCAAGAAUGGAGAAUCCCAAAUAUCUGCCACAGCAACAACUCAGGGAGGUCUGCUGAGCUCUUCGUCGAUUAUUUUCUAUUUCCCCCCUCCCCUAAACGAAGAGACCAGCGGAAAAAACUGCCAGCUAACGUUGCGAUUUCAUCCAAAUCAGCCGGCCCGGGGCAAGCCAGGGUCUGUACUUCUUUUCUUAUGUGCCCUGUGGGGAUAGGUAUUAAAAAAAUGGGGAAGUGCUGCACGUCCUACCCACCUCCUACAUGUUGGAUCUCCAGAGGGAGGUCAUGAAUAGGUGGAUUUUAACGCAAAAUUAGCCCCCCUCCCAAGACAAAGUUUUAUUAUUUUCGAGACGUACUCAAGGUGAGAGAACUUCUUCUAUCUUCGCAGGCCCCUCUGCGCUAACUAACAAGGCCGAGGAGGUUGUUUUUGCUCGUUUUUACUUCCACUUCCAUCAUCAUUACUUCUACAUCCAACAAGCCGGAAUAAACAUGUCGGGAGAGGUGCGUUUGAAGAAGCUGGAGAAGCUGAUCCUGGACGGGCCAGCUCAGUCUAAUGGCCAGUGUCUGAGUGUGGAAACGCUGCUGGAUAUCCUGGUGUGCCUCUAUGAUGAGUGCAACAACUCCCCGCUCAGAAGAGAGAAAAAUAUCCUGGAGUUUUUGGACUGGGCCAAACCCUUCACUUCCAAAGUGAAGCAGAUGCGCCUGCACAAGGAAGACUUUGAGAUACUCAAAGUGAUUGGACGAGGAGCCUUCGGAGAGGUUGCAGUGGUAAAAGUGAAAAACACUGACAAAGUUUUCGCUAUGAAGAUUCUCAACAAGUGGGAGAUGCUGAAGCGAGCAGAGACGGCGUGUUUUCGGGAGGAGCGGGAUGUGUUGGUAAAUGGGGACUGCCAGUGGAUCACCACCCUGCACUACGCCUUCCAGGACGACAAUAAUCUGUACCUGGUCAUGGACUACUAUGUGGGUGGUGACCUGCUGACUCUGCUCAGCAAGUUUGAGGACCGGCUGCCAGAGGAAAUGGCCAAGUUCUACCUGGCAGAGAUGGUUCUGGCCAUCGACUCCGUUCACCAGCUACACUACGUCCACAGGGACAUUAAACCCGACAACAUUCUGCUGGAUAUGAACGGCCACAUCCGCCUUGCUGACUUCGGCUCCUGCCUCAAACUCAUGGAGGAUGGGACGGUCCAGUCCUCUGUGGCAGUAGGAACUCCAGACUACAUCUCCCCCGAAAUCCUCCAGGCUAUGGAAGAUGGGAAAGGCAAGUAUGGACCUGAGUGCGACUGGUGGUCCCUGGGCGUCUGCAUGUAUGAGAUGCUGUACGGCGAGACUCCUUUCUAUGCAGAAUCCCUGGUGGAAACCUAUGGGAAGAUCAUGAACCACAAGGAGCGAUUCCAGUUUCCACAGCAGAUAACAGACGUGUCAGAGGAUGCAAAGGAUCUCAUUCGUCGGCUCAUUUGCAGUCGAGAGCACCGACUAGGCCAGAACGGCAUUGAGGAUUUCAAGCAGCACCCAUUUUUCACCGGCAUCGCUUGGGAAAACAUUCUCACAUGUGAAGCCCCCUACAUCCCAGAGGUCAGCAGUCCGACAGAUACCUCCAACUUUGACGUGGAUGACGACUGUCUAAAGAACUCGGAGACUAUGCCUCCUCCCUCUCACACUGCCUUCUCUGGCCACCACCUGCCCUUUGUGGGUUUCACCUAUACAAGUAAAUGUACUCUAUCUGACCGGGGCUGCCUGCGACAGCUAGCCGUGCAGCCGGGUAAGGCCGGGCAGGAGCAGCUGGACGUGGAUGUUCAGCGCAGCCUGGAGGACAGCCUGGCCACUGAGGCCUACGAGAGGAGGAUCCGCCGCCUGGAGCAGGAGAAACUAGAGCUCAGCCGCAAACUACAAGAGUCGACCCAGACGGUGCAGGCACUGCAGCACCCAACAGGCGAGGGCCCUGUCAGCGCUAACAAGGAGGUAGAAAUCAGGAGCCUGAAGAGUGAGAUCGACAUUCUCAAGAAGCAGAUCGCUGAUUCGGGCCAACUGGAGAAGCAGCUGGAGGAUGUGACGUCGGCUCGCAGGGACUUGGAGGACUCAUCUAAACACAUCAAGACUCUGGAGAAACAGAUGAAGAGCCUCACACAGGAGAGGGACGACCUGCAGAAGGAUGUUGUGGACGCCAAUGAGAAGCUGAAGUCUCAGUCAAAAGAGCUGAAGGAAGCCCACAGCCAGAGAAAACUGGCCAUGCAUGAGUUUUCUGAGCUCAACGAGAAACUCACAGACCUCAGGUCAGCAAAGCAGCGCCUGGCUCGCCAGUUGCGCGACAAGGAGGAGGAGAUGGAGAGUCAGAUUCAGAAGGUUGAGGCUCUCCGCCUUGAGGUGCGAAAGGCCGAGAGGGCCAAGAAGGAGAUGGAGGCGCAGGCAGAGGAGCAGUCAGCAGAGACUCAGAAAGAGAAGAAGCUGAGGGAGCGUAAUGAGCAGUACAGCCGACAGCUGGAGGAGGAGCUGGAAGGGCUUAAGGUGAAGCAGGCUGGCUCCUCGGCCACCCCGGCCUCGGCGGACCAGACCCAGGAGGUGGGUCGCUUACGGGGCGAAAUGGAGAAGAAAACACUCUAUUACGAGCAGGAGUUGGCGCGCAGGGAGGCGCAGCAUUGCACUGAGCUGAAGGCCCUGCGCAAAGAGCUGAGGGACGCCGAGAGCCAAAGCCUCACCCUGCAGAAAGAGAUCCUGAUGCUCAAGGACAAACUGGACAAGACUCGCCGUGAGAGCCAAAGCGAGCGGGAAGAGUUUGAGACGGAGUACAAGCAGAAGUACGAGAGGGAAAGAGUCCUGCUCACUGAAGAGAACAAGAAGCUGUCCAGUGAACUUGACAAGCUGACCAGCAUGUUCGAGAAGGUGAACAGCUCCAACCGGCAGCUGGAGGAUGAGAUGAGGGAGCUGGCUGAUAAAAAGGAGAGCGUCGCUCACUGGGAGGCCCAGAUCACAGAAAUCAUCCAGUGGGUGAGUGAUGAGAAGGAUGCUAGAGGCUACCUGCAGGCUCUGGCCACUAAGAUGACAGAAGAGCUGGAGGGAUUAAGAAGCACCAGUUUGGGAGCAAGAGCCACGGACAUGCCGUGGAAGAUGCGCCGUUUCGCCAAGUUGGACAUGUCGGCACGUCUGGAGCUGCAGUCGGCUUUGGACACUGAGAUCAGAGCCAAGCAGAGCAUCCAGGACGAACUGAACAAAGUCAAGGCCAACAGCAUUUCCACAGAAUGUAAACUGCAGGAGGUGGAGAGUAAAAACCAGGAACUCCUGGCUGAGAUCGACCGGCUGAAAAAGGAGACAGAGGAGCUGCGGCUACGAAGAGGUGUCAAGCACCAGGAUUCCCAGAAUUCCUUCUUGGCUUUUCUCAACGCCCCCACUUCAGCCCUCGAUCAGUUCGAUGUGGACUCUAUGGAUAACUUCACCCCCUCCAACACUCCAUCUCGGGAAGAUGACCCUAAAUCCCACCUCAAGUCCCGCUCACGUUCACCCUCCAUGGCUAGUGAUAUGGAGCCCAUAGAGUUGAUAGACCAUCCGCCUCGUACAGUUCAGACCCCCACCAUGCGCUCAGGAGGCUACGGCAGCAUUGGACGCUCCUCGCCUAAACCCAAAGCACAUCAGUUCGUAGUGAAGUCAUUCAACACGCCCACUAAGUGUAACCAGUGCACCUCCCUCAUGGUGGGACUCAUUCGUCAAGGUUGUACGUGCGAAGUGUGUAAUUUCUCCUGCCAUGUAACAUGUGCGGACAAGGCUCCAGCUGUGUGUCCGGUGCCUCAAGACCAGACCAAGGGUCCGCUGGGCAUCGACCCACAGAGGGGCAUCGGUACGGCGUACGAAGGGCACGUCAGGGUGCCCAAACCAACAGGGGUGAAGAAAGGUUGGCAGAGAGCGAUGGCUGUGGUCUGUGACUUCAAACUGUUCCUCUAUGAACUGGGAGAAGGAAAAGCAACACAACCAAGUGUAGUAGUCAGCCAAGUCAUAGAUAUGAGGGAUGAAGAGUUUUCUGUCAGUUCUGUCCUGGCCUCCGAUGUCAUCCACGCCAGCCGCAAGGACAUUCCCUGUAUAUUCAGAGUGACGGCGUCCCAGCUCUCCCCCUCCAGCAGCCACAAGCCCUCCAUCCUGAUCCUGGCCGACAGCGACCAGGAGAGGAACAAGUGGGUGGGCCUCCUCAACGAGCUCCACCGCAUCCUCAAGAAGAACAAGCUGAAGGAGCGCUUCGUCUACGUCCCCAAGGAGGCGUACGACAGCACCCUGCCCCUCAUCAAGACCACACAGUCUGCUGCUAUCAUAGAUCAUGAGCGUGUCGCCCUGGGCAACGAGGAAGGCCUUUUUGUCAUCCAUGUCACCAAAGACGAAAUAAUCCGGGUGGGGGACAACAAGAAGGUCCACCACAUCGACCUGAUCCCCCAGGAGCAGCUGCUGGCGGUCAUCUCCGGCAGAAACCGCCACGUCCGCCUCUUCCCCACGCAGGCCCUGGACGGCCGCGAGACCGAGUCCUACAAGCUGGCUGAGACGAAAGGCUGCCAGACUAUCGUGUCCGGUCCGGUCCGCAAUGGCUCUCUCACCUGCCUCUGUGUGGCCAUGAAGAGACAAAUCAUAUGUUACGAGGUGAAUAAGAGUAAAGGACGUCACCGUCGGCUUCGGGAGCUGCAGGCGCCGGGACAAGUCCAGUGGAUGGGUCUGCUCAGUGAGCGUCUCUAUGUGGGUUAUCAGUCCGGCUUCAUGCGCUACAGCGUCCACGGUGACAUGUCUCCGGUCAGCCUGCUCCACCACGAGGACCACACCCUGGCCUUCAUCCCUCAGCAGGGCCUGGACGCCCUCUGUGCCGUGGAGAUUUCCAGCAAAGAGCUGCUGCUGUGCUUCAGCGCCAUCGGGGUGUACGUGGACUCGCAGGGCCGCAGGUCGCGUCAGCAGGAGCUGAUGUGGCCAGCUGUGCCCAACGCCGCCUGCUACAACGCCCCCUACCUGUCGGUGUACAGUGAGAACGCUGUCGAUGUGUUUGACGUGAACACGAUGGAGUGGAUUCAGACCAUCCCUCUAAAGAAGGUGCGACCUCUGAACAUCGAUGGCGCUCUGAACCUGCUGGGGCUGGAAACAGUUCGGCUUAUCUACUUUAGGAACAAGAUGGCUGAGGGUGAUGAGCUUGUCGUCCCGGAGACGUCAGACAACAGCAGGAAGCAGAUGGUGCGCAGCAUGAACAACAAGAGACGCUUCUCUUUCAGGGUGCCAGAAGAAGAGCGACUUCAGCAGAGGAGAGAGAUGCUACGAGAUCCAGAGAUGAGGAACAAGCUAAUCUCUAAUCCCACCAACUUCAACCACGUGGCCCACAUGGGACCAGGAGACGGGAUCCAGAUCCUUAAAGACCUGCCCAUGAACGUCCGUGUUCAGGAGAGCCGUGCGGGAUUCAGCGGGUCAGUCAGCAUCCCCUCCAUCACCAAGAACCGGGCCGAGCCGGGCCGAUCCAUGAGCGCCAGCAGCGGACUGGGCAUACGUUCGUCCUCCCAGAACGGCAGCGCUCUGCGCAGGGAGCUGUCAGGAGGAAGCUACGGGUCCAAACGACAGACCAUGACGUCUCCCUCUGAGAGCUCCCUGUCCUCUGGAGGGGGAAUGGACUGUGGCGACGCUCCGCUCUCACAGUUCGACAGAGAGUGGCAGGCAGUCUCACCGUCGGAGAAGACCCCUGAUCUGAAAAGGGCUUUAAGGACCCUGCUUAGUAAGAUGAAGGACUCGGACUCCCCCCGUCACUCCACGGCCUCCAACAGCUCCACCUUCAGCAGUCCCCCCAGUCCGGCCUCCCCUCACAAGACCAAGUCCCUGUCCCUGGAGAGCACAGACCGGAUGGGUUGGGACACAUGAGCCGCCGCCAGCCUCUCGCCCAUCCAAAAACCCCACCGACCAACCAACCAACCAACCAACCACCGACCGACCGACCAACCGACAGCACAGGACUCCCAACUCUCCUCCGCCGCAGCCUCCCAGCGUCCUUUUCUGAACAUCCUCCCCCCCCUCACUGCCCAGAGAACUGCACCUCCUGACGAACAUUUGUCCCACUUUAGCGCCCCGGUUUGUCUCAGCGUUCUUCCACGACGGGGCAGAAAGAGUCUCUCUGAGGGAGAGGUUAUGAUUAAUUAGCGAACAUGUGGGCGCAAGUGUGUGUGUGUGUGUGUGUGUCUGUGUGUGUGUGUGUGUGUGUGUGUGUGAGAAGCCAGCGCGUGUGCAUGUGUUUAUCCACAUCCGAUCGACAGCUUCCCGUCUCGGCUCUUUUCGCCACCAACCGAAGCACUUGAGCUUCAUCGACACGACUCGGUUCCCCCGUCAGAGACUCAAAAACCUCACGAUGCAACACUAAAAAAAAA